GUUCGCUUCCUUCAUCGCGCGCGACUCCGCCCGGGCCUCGCGGUCCGGCGCCGGCGAGAACGUGUGCUGCGCGUCGGCCCAGGCGCGGUGCGCCGCCAGGGACCGCUCGUUACGCACGUCGGCGGGGAGCCGCUGGGGCGGCAGGCGCGGGGCUACUGUCAUUUUCUGGGCGCGUUAAAGGACGCGGCGGCCGUAACGGUGGGUUGCUUGUUGGAGCCGAAUGUGGGGCAGCCGGCGAUGAAACGGCGCAGCACGCGGCGGAACCGCGGGCUUUUCGUGCGCGUGGUCUCCUCCCCCCGUCGAUGUGACGGCGUGCGCAGCGCCGCGGAUGUCGCGCUGCGCAACAGCGCCGAACGAACUAGUGUCUUACCCCGCUAG